UGGUGGAUUGGUGAUUCGUGUUUAUGUCGGAAUUUGGUUAGUUGAAUUUGUGUCAGUUGAUGGGAAAUCGAGUUUGCCAGUUUAGCAGUUCACCAGUCUACCGGAAUUCGUGGACAGAUUAGUGAGUUUAGUUUUUAUUCGUAAUCAGUCGGAAAUCGGCAGUCGGGAGUUUUCUUCAUUCGUUCUUGUUGGAUUUUCUUCUUUCCCCUUAAAAUUUUUUUAAAAGUUCUCAAUUCUUUCAAAAUAGAAAUUUUACACGGAUGAAAUUUGUACACCAACUUUGCAAUAAAGCGAUUUGAAUUUAUUUUGACUACACGGGAAACUUUGUGCGCGUUUUCGUUUGUGAUAAAGAAAAAUUGAAAUUGAAAGAAUCCAAAGUGAAUCCUAAAGAAAAGUGAGUGAAUGUGAAACGCUGAGCGGCAAUUUUUUUGUAUUUCAUAUAUAUUUUUUGAGAUAUUCUCUGCGAUUCGACACGUCAAAAAGUGUGUUGUGCACGAAUGAAGAAAUCGCGUUGACAAGCAGUAGCAAAGCCUUGUAACAACAGUAAACCAAACAAAGUCAACUUCAGAUCAAAUAGCAUAAAUACACAAUACAUAACUGCAAAUAUAUACAAUAGCAACAAUAAAGGCACGAAACUAACAAAUCGAGCAACAUCAAUCGUCAAGCGUCAAGAAUCGAGAAUUCACAAAUAAAUAAACCAAGUUAACAACCACGACGACGACUAACACCGAUUCGAAAUCCAAACAUUUCCGUUAGAACUGAAACAAAAAAAAAAAACAACAAAGUUGCCAACUACUAACUCAGCAAAACGCGAAUGCAAAGCAAAAUAAAAACAAAAUAGGCGAAUUAAAAAAAUAUUAAGUUUUUGUUACAAAAAAAAUAAAUAAAAAAAUUAGUAAUCCUAAGUAAAAGCGGUAAAAUACCACUAAAACAGCAACAACAACUACUACAGUAAGCAUACAUAGUAGUAGUACACAUAGUAGCAGUAGCAACUGUAGAGGAGCAGUAAACUAAGAGCAACCAAAAACAAAAAUGUCAUUUCGCGUUGUACGAAGUUCGAAAUUUCGUCACGUCUACGGUCAGGCACUGAAACGUGAGCAAUGCUACGACAAUAUACGCGUCUCAAAAAGCAGUUGGGACUCCACAUUCUGUGCGGUGAAUCCGAAAUUCUUGGCGAUCAUUGUGGAGUCCGCUGGCGGCGGAGCAUUCAUUGUACUGCCACACAAUAAGGUUGGUCGCAUAGCUGCCGAUCAUCCAUUGGUGGGUGGCCAUAAAGGUCCCGUUCUAGAUAUUGCCUGGUGUCCGCACAAUGACAAUGUCAUCGCCUCCGGCUCUGAGGAUUGUGUGGUUAAGGUUUGGCAAAUACCCGAUGGCGGUCUGUCACGCACACUCACCGAACCAGUUGUCGACUUGGUGUUCCAUCAACGUCGCGUUGGUCUUGUGCUUUGGCAUCCAUCGGCAUUGAAUGUGCUGCUGACGGCGGGUUCGGACAAUCAGGUUGUCAUUUGGAACGUGGGUACUGGUGAAAUACUCGUUCACAUCGACUCGCAUCCGGAUGUUGUAUAUAGUGCAUGUUUCAACUGGGACGGUUCGAAAUUGGUGACCACAUGUAAGGAUAAAAAGAUACGUAUCUAUGAUCCACGUAACGGUGAAAUAGAAAGCGAAGCACUUUGUCACGAAGGAUCGAAGGCAACGCGUGCCAUCUUCCUGCGUCAUGGUCUGAUCUUCACCACCGGUUUCAAUCGUUCAUCGGAACGUCAGUAUUCGCUGCGCGCACCUGAUGCUCUUAAUGAACCCAUCGUCAUGGUGGAGUUGGACACAUCAAACGGUGUGAUGUUCCCACUUUACGAUGCGGACACGAAUUUGAUUUACCUAUGCGGUAAAGGCGAUUCAGUUAUACGCUACUUUGAGAUAACGCCCGAACCACCGUUCGUGCAUUACAUCAACACAUUUCAAACGCCAGAUCCCCAACGUGGUAUUGGCAUGAUGCCAAAGCGUGGCUGCGAUGUCACAACCUGCGAAAUAGCUAAAUUCUACCGGCUAAACAAUAACGGCUUGUGUCAGGUGAUCUCGAUGACAGUGCCGCGUAAAUCGGAUCUCUUCCAAGAGGAUCUGUAUCCCGAUACCUUAGCCGAAGAUGCGGCACAAACUGCCGAGGAUUGGAUUGCGGGAAAUGAUGCCGAACCAUUGACAUUUUCAUUAAAAGAUCGUGUCUCUAUUGUACAGGGUGGCUAUGUCUCACAAUCGGCCAGCAAGUCGCUGUCGGUGACAAAGAAGGCGAACAUCCUCAACAAGGCCUCAGCGGGCACAUCGAAGAGUGCGAGCAGCGCAGCGCUUGGUGGUAAUCAUGCGACAUCGAAUAACAACAAUGCAUCGAGCGGGUCCGGUUUUGUGAGCGGUGUCAGUGAAAAGGAUCUGCGCGAUAUCACCGAUGAAAUACGCAAAUUGAAGGCGAUCAUUGUGAAGCAUGAGAAUCGUAUACGCGCGCUGGAGGCGGCUGUGCGCGCACAAGAAGGCGACGAUACCGAUUCACGACCAGCGGCGGCGCCCGUCACUGCCGGCAAUGGCAAUUCUUCGUCCAAAGCGGCCACGGAUGGCGGCGCGCAAAAGGAGAGCAACGAUAAUAGCAGUGCCAACGAUCAGAGUCAUCCGACUGCCGCGAACGACGAUGAAUUUUAAUUAAAUUUAUAUAUAACUAUUUUUAAUUAAACUUGCUGCGCGACGCUUUAUCGAUUCAAAAUACGUUUCGUUUGUAUUAAUAUUAAUAUUAUUUUAUCGAUUUUGUAAUUUAUUUUUAAAAUAAUAUAUAAAUAGCUUUUCCACCUUUUAAUUUUAUGAAAACCAGAAAGAUACAUUUUCAUUAUUACAUUUUAAAAUAAAAUUAAAAAAUUUAUAUAUAUACAUAUAUUGUUUGUAAAUUGUCAAUACAUACCCACACACACACAUGCGCGCCCUAUCAAAAAUCAGUAUAAAUGUGCUUUAGUUAGACCAUAAAGAAUAAAUCGCAAAUAACUAUUAAAAACAAGAAAUAAUAUAAAAAGAGGAAACUUGUUAGAAAAUCGUUGAAAAGUUGUCUGUAACUAAAAAAACAACGCAAAAUAAAGCAAAACGAAAACUUGUAAAUUACCAUUGUAAAAGAGUAGUUAUAACUUGAUGUGUAUUGUUUUUUUAUUUAUACAUAAUGCAAGCUCAUUUCAGUAAUGGUAAAACAGAGAGCUUUAAGUAGACGACUAAUCACACACUGUUUAAGUGCGCACACUUUCAGUUGGCUUAGCUGUGCCGAAAUUAAGCAAAAUAACGCCUCGAAUGGUUAUAUGCUUUUGAAUAGCAAAGUCAUUUCGUAUAGUUAGUUGAAUUUAUUUUUUUUAUAAAAGAUACACACUCUCUGCUACAAAACUAAAAUUAACUGUUAAAUGAAAAUAUGCACUUAUAGGCCUAAAUAAAAUUAAAACUUUUUGAAUUCAUUUUAAUUCAUUGUAAAAUAAAAUAUAAAUCUUUCAGGCUACGUGGAACUAAUAAAAUGGUUCAGACUGACUUCAAAUGGCGCACUUAAAACCAAUUUACACACAUACGUAUAACUAUUAACCACACUAUUUGUACAUUUAUCAUAAAUAUAGUGAACGUUUUUUAUUAGUUGUUUACACUUGUGUGUGUUUUUCUCCCGCCGUUGCUGCCUUUUUAGCUCACAAAUAUUCGCGUUGUAAAAUAACCUUACAAAAUAAACAAAAUAAAGAUACAUAACUAUGUAUUUACACUCAGUUGUUGCUUCACGCGCAUAUUGAAAACAAAUGUUUGCUACGAAAAUGCUGCAUGUUUGUUAACAACGCGCAUGCGCAAAAAAAAUUAAAAUUUUAGCAAGUGAUUAUGAUUAAUUAAUAACUCUUAAUACAAAAAUGCUUGAAUUGAACUAAAAUUAGGUGAAUAAUUGAACUACAAAUGUUGCGUGCGCAGAAUUUCUCAACAAAUUAACUAGAUUCAAUACAAAUUAAUACACAAACGUUAUUAAGAUUUAUUUGAAAAAAUAUAAACGCAAAAACUUCAAUUUUGUUGUGUAAUAUUAAAUUUUAAACUGUAAUCUGCUUUAUUAUUAAAACUACAAAAUUUGUUGACAAAAAUUUCAAAAAUUUUAUUAAUUUUUUUAAACAUAUUUAAAUAUGUCAAGUUUUGUGCAUUCUUAUUGUUCAAUUAUUUGCUCUUAUUCAUUCACAAAAGUCCUAUUUAGUUUGAAAAGUAAACGCCACAGAACAAAUUGAAAGGAGAAUAACUAACCAAAAAGAAUUUACAAACUACUAAAACACGGAGUUCAGCUAUAGCAGAGAUUUGAAUAUAAGCAUAUUAAAUUAUAGAAUCUAAAAGCCACAUUGUAUAUGGUUAGAUCGGAAGAAAUGUCGAAACUGCAAAUGUGAAUAUUUUCAUGUUUCUGCUGUCUGUCCAAUGCUGCGAGUCGUCCUCUUUAAAAUUAGCUUACUUAUACAAAAUUUAUGCCAAAUUAAUAAUGUAUUUUUAAUAUGUAUACAUAUACUUACAUAAUUACAAAAAAUAUAUAUACAUACAUAUGUAAAGCAUAAAGCAAACUACUACUACUACAAGUAUGCGACAAGCAUAACUAAUUAACAUAAUAAUAUAUAUUUAUAUAGAAAUUUUUGAUAACUGAAAAACUUAAAAAUGAUCGUUGUAAAUUUUGUAUUAAGCGAAUUAAAAUCAUAAAGUGUGUGAAGAAAAUGUUUCUGCUGGCGAAGCAAACAAAUGAGCAGGUAAACUUAACUUAUUUCAUUGGCAAAUGCUGCAAGCGCUAAAAUCUAGCUUUGAUACCUAAAUUGAAUUGCUUGCUGCUUGUGAAGAACAUGACAAGGUCCAGUCAAACCAAUAAAUUAUGUAUACGUAUGUACGUAAAUUAAGAAAACUACUAUUUUUUCUUUGAGAUAUUGUCUUUUGUUUCCUCAGAACUUGUGUACUUUCUAAUAUAUUUUUAUUUAAUGUGAACAUUAUUUGUUUUUUUUUUGUCUCAUUUUUUUAUAAUUUUAAUGUAUUCAUAUUAUGUUAAUUUAAAAAUAUUUAAUUUGUUCUGAAAUGUCUCUCUUUUACGCUAUUUUUAUAUUAUUAUUUUGUGUACUUUUUAUAUUGCUAAAAAUGCCUUGUUAUGGAAUGUGUUUCAAUAAAUGCGAUUGUAAUUCUUA